CUCUCUGCAGCAAUAGCACAACACGAAGCUACCAAGCAAUGAAGGCGCCGACUCUUCUUCUGUGCGUGUUACCUGCAGCCUCUGGAUUUAUUCCAUCUGUCGUUGUGUCGCGAACAAGCCUGCCCGACCGGCGACAACGAACAACAAUCGCGCAAAUCGCCACCGUCGCCAUCGACACACCGCGCACGCUGCCCAAAGGCAAGCGGAUUGUUCGGAGGAAGAAGCGACAACCCAGCCAACCCAAGCACGUGGACACUGCGAAUGCACCUGUUACGCUCAUCAAAUCGAAAGCGGAAUACGAUGAGAUUUUGAGACACAACAUCAAUAGCCUCGUGGUGAUCAAGUUCUUCGCCCCUUGGUGCCGAAGCUGUAAGGCGCUGGACGUGAAGUACCGGCGUAUGGCAGUCGAGAACGACGAUGUAAAGUUUGUGGAGAUCGACGUACAUCAGUCUCCGGACUUGAAGAAGGUAUUAGGCGUUCGGGCAGUGCCGACGGUCAAGCUGCACGCCGGACCCCUCGGCCAAGUAGCGAGUUUUACAUGCGGACCCCGCAAAGCACCAGAGCUAGCCCGCAAGAUACAGCUUUGCAAAGAUGUUCCAGCCUUAACAGCACGGCUAGGAAAGGGAUCUGGCAUGAUCGAGAUGCUGGCGGACGAAUUAAACAGCGACAAGCCGGUGGCUGCAUCUUCGUUGCCGCAACCUGGCCGAGAGGUUAGGUCGGCCGAAUCCGUCAUCGCUAAGGGACUCAUGGAGAAGGUGGCACAUCAAGAAAUGGCUGAGUCGAGUCAGCGAACGCUCGACGAAGUCCCGACGGAGGAUAGACUGUAACUCUUGACUUUUUUUGCCAACUGGUGUUCUGUACAUUCUGGUGUCGUCGUGUGGUUUUGUCUUUG